AUGGAGAGCGACGACGAGGAGAUGCGCGACGCCUCCUCCUCCUCCUGCUCCGUCGCCGACGACGACGACGGGGACGCGGGGUUCGAGGAGGAGGAGGGGGACGGGAAGGACGGGGUGAUGGUGAUGGAGGUCCGGUGGUUCGAGGUCGACCUCGACUACGAGUACGACGCGCCGCGCUGGUUCGACCUCGCGCAGGACGAGGCGCCCGCCGAGGCCGCCGCCGCCGAGCUCUGGUUCGCCACCGCCCCCAGCUACCCGCCCUCCCCGUUGAUUGCAAUGAUGUUGGCUGAAGACCUUGGGCUGCCGAACCUAAGAAGCAUCACAGUUGCAGAUAUAGAGGCUGUGCGUUGCCCUAAACCGUCUCAAUGUUCUUCUGGUGCAACUGAACAAAGUAUAUAUCGAUCACAUGUACCAAAUGAAGGGCGGAUACCGUGCCAUGGAGCAUCAAAAAAUGAACGAAAACCUGUCACUCGAAGUGCUGUGAAGGGGAAUUUGUCCAAGGGGUCCACACUGAUGAAGCCUACAGCCAGUCAAUUGGCCAGGCAACACAAGCAACUUGAAGUGAAGAAUGCUGUACCGAGUAAAAAAUCAGUUGGAGUGAGAAGUGACAGAAGUACCAUUAGCUCAAAUGAUUGCACUCAACAAGCUGGUAAAAGGCAGAAACUUGAAAAAGGUCAUCUCAACAAGGAUGUUGCUACAAAUCAACAUGAGUUGAUUCACAAGGCCCAUGAAAAGAAUGUUAUGAGCAGUAGCUAUGAUCGUGCUACUGUUCUACCUAAAUUGAAGAUUACAGUUCCGAGAGAACCUGAGUUGGCUACUAAGCUGAGAGCAGAGAGGUCAAGGAUUCAAAGAUCAGUCCCAAGUAAUUCAAAGCAGUUAAACAGACGGGAUUUACAACCUGCUUGUAGGACUCAAUCGGCACCGACUAGAAAGGUCGUGCAACCUUUUCGGGCUCAUCAGCAUGCAAAUAUACAACAUGUCAAUGUUGCACCAAAAACGCCAGUGUGUUCAUCUAACCGUGCGACUAGUCUUCACAACAUUGAUAAAACAUCAGAAGAUGACCGAGAUGACACGACAGGCACGUUUAAAUUUAAAGCUCUGCCACUGGAUAAAAAGAUAUUGGCAAGCAGAGGAGACAUUGGUGUAUUUCAAACUGCCAAAAGAAAUCCUACAGUGCCCAAGGAAUUCAACUUGUCAACAAGCCGGAAGAGCAAGCCGCCUCCAUUAUCCGAACUCUUUAACAAGCUUUCUUUAAGUACCGAAGCCUGCCGUGCCAUGGGCUGCCAGACCAGUGAACGCCCAAAUUAUAUCACUACCAAGGACUGCAAAGAGAACAUGAUUGGUGCCAUUCAUUGCUAG